AUGAUAUCCGUCCCGCCACUGCUCGCAGGAUACCUCCACGCGCCGUGCUACCCGCUCCUCUGCGCCGCGCUCGCCGGCGCGCAAGUAACCCUCACGCAAGAGCUCGUCGACGAGGCGUGCGACCUCGCAGCCUUUGUCGCCUCUGGCGCUGGGAACAGCCGGCACGUGGCCACCGCCGAGCGGCUGCGAUACACUGUCCUCCUGGAACGAGAGCGCGAGACGGCGCGCGUGCAGGCCGACGCCGGUGCGCGGCUAGCGGGCCAGAUGGCCGCGUUGGGCGGCGAGCUGCGCGCCGUCGUCUCUGAGUUGGGGCAAGUGCGCGCCAACCUCGCCGCGAUGGAGGCCGAGCUGCGCGUCCUCCGCGCCGGUGGUGAGAUCCCAGGAACCAGCUUGGGCCUGGAGGCGUACGGCUCUGACGAUGGGGAUGAGGGCGAAGAACACGACGCGGUGGACGACGGCACAGGCCUAGACGAUCAACGGGGCACCGGGGCACACACCGACGCCGGCGACGACGAGCCAGACCUCAUCGCCUUCUCCCCAGUGCCGUCUGUCGCCGCUGACCUACCCGGCGUCGCGGGAGACGACGUUCCCAACCCCGUCCCAGCGCAGCAGUCGCUCGUGAUUACAAAACCGGCCGCAUACCUGGCCCUCGAUGCGCAUUAUAACCCCUCGUCGCCUCCCAUACCACCGCAGCCACCGCUACGGAAGCGCCCCGACGACCUCGACGCGAUCGUGCGCGCCAUCGUCCUCCUCGUCUAUGCGGUCGGCGUCGUCGUGCUGUCGUCCAACAAGGACGUCUAA